AUGGGUCAGGACGUGGACGAUCGCGAUCGCGGCGUCGACAUCGCGCGCGCGCGCGCGUCCACGGCGCGCACACGCGCGCGCGUCGCCCUCGGUGGCGUCGAUCGAAGACGUCGAUACGUGCGCCGUCGCCCGCGUCGACGGUGCGGUGCGGGCGACGGUGGAAUGCGGAUCGUCCAACGACGCACGACGAUGACGACGACGACGACGGGCGUCGACGUCGUGGACGCUCGCGGCGAUGGGGGACGAACGAUCGAGGGAUCGGUCGGGACGAUGACGCCGCGAGACGCGCGACGGAUGCGAGCGCGGCGACGACGGGAGGGGAGGGGCUUCGCGGUUUGUUUGGCGUGCGGCGCGCUCGCGGUGGUCGCGCUCGCGGCCACGGCGCGAGAUUUGGGACGAGCGGCCGGAGACCUCGCGGGUGGGGGCGGGAGGAAGCUUUUGUCGUCGUCGACGUGUAAAGCGACGGAGAGUUGGGAGAAGAAGGGCGGACUCGUCGCUUACUUUGUCGGGGUCGUCUACCUCUUCAUCGGCAUCGCAAUUGUGUGCGACGAUUUCUUCGUCGCGUCGCUGGAAAAGAUCUGCGAAAGGCUUGGUUUGAGCGAUGACGUCGCGGGGGCGACGUUCAUGGCGGCUGGUUCGUCCGCACCCGAGCUCGCAGCGAGCGCCAUGUCGCUCAUCAAUAGCGGCGCGGACAACGCGAUUGGCGUCGGCACAAUCGUCGGGAGCGCGGUUUUCAAUAUUCUCGUCAUCAUCGGCGCGACGGUCAUCUUCGCUGGGGAAACGCUCAAGUUAGACUGGAGGCCUCUCGCUCGAGACUGCACUUUUUAUUUCGCCGCCAUCAUCGGCAUCACGCUCACCUUCAACGGGGGCGUGGUCAACUGGUGGGAGGGUCUCAUCUACGUCUGCCUGUACAUGCUGUACAUCGCCUUCAUGUGGAAGAAUCAGUACUUCAUGGAACUCUUGGAUCGAAAAUUUGGCAAGUACAUGAAAUCAAUGACGGACUCCGCGUCCGACAUGGAGGAUGGACUCGGAGAUGGCGCGGUGGAGAUGAAGGACCAGGCAAGUCGCAGAAACGAACCUGGCGACAUCAAGCAACAGCUCUCUGUGACGGGUUCAAUUUACGUGGGCUUCGCCGCGCAGCGAUUUAAGGCUGCCUUGGACAAGAAUAAGAUUAAGAAAGCAUUGAGCGUGGGUGAACUCAGAGCGAUCCGGCAGCAGACGGAAAAGGUCACCUGGUUCCACCAUCACGUGAACCGCCCGCCGAGCCCUCGCUCGCCCGCGGAUGAGCAAGACGCCGACGAAGACGACGAUGACGAAGAAACGAACCCGUUCGCCAUGCCCGAGGACUGGAAGAAGCGACCGAUGUGGGUGCUUAGUCUCCCCUGGUACACCGUGCUCACGUUCACGGUGCCGCCGUGCCACCGGAAAGAGUGGGAAAAUUGGUACAUUGUUUCCUUCUGCGUCUCCGUCGCGUACAUUGGCGUAAUCUCACACUACAUGGUGGAGUGGUGCGCGAGGAUCGGGUGCAUUCUGAGCAUCCCGCCCGUGGUGAUGGGCACGACAGUUUUAGCCGCGGGUACUUCGAUACCGGACGCGUUGUCGUCCAUUUCCGUCGCGAGGGACGGAUUCGCGGACAUGGCGGUGGCCAACGCGGUCGGAUCCAACGUGUUCGACAUUUGGCUCGGUCUUGGCCUUCCGUGGACGUUAUAUCUUUCGUGGCAGAAUCCCAGCUACAUCGUGGUGUCCACAGCAGAGUUGUUACCGUCAUCGCUCAUCCUGCUCGGCGUGCUCUUCAUGUACGUCAGCUCCGUGGCGAUGAACGGGUUCCAAAUUACGCGAAAAAUGGGACAAACAUACGUCGGCACUUAUGCCGUGUACGCCCUCUACAAUAUUUUCGUCGUUUGGGUAGCGGACGUCUACAAUCAGUCAUGA